AUGGCGCUACUCAAGCCCACAGUGUCGCCCUUGGCCACUGCAGCAUCCUCAAAAAAAAUUGGCGACGAGAGCGACGUGAUUCGUGAUCCAAGUUCACUCGAUCGGCUCACUGAGCUCAACUCUAUUGACUCGCCUCUACUUCGCCUUCCAGCCGAGAUCAGAGGCAUGAUCUUCACCUACAUCUUCAGUGGCGAAAAUCUGCUCCCAACCUACUUCUCCUCCCCUCCUCAUUCAACCAACCACCUCGCUCGUAUUACACCACCCGCAGCACAACGCACCAAGCUGUCACAAAAGCGCUCAACAAUGCCUUCUCGUCUGAACGGCCAGCCCCCAGCAAAGAAGCGGCGCUUUGAGGGUGCUGAAGAGAGGGCAGCGAUUCGACGUCUCCGCGAAAGAACUCCUCGCGACAAAAUCACCGAAGCCAACGCGACCAAUUCGCCUCUUCUCCGCUUACCAGGCGAAAUACGGAACAUAAUAUACGCCUACGUGUUCGGCGACAACAAGUGGACGUUCACCGGCUGGACGACACCAAGGAACUCAGCCAAAGAGAACGACCUAGCGCGGGAGAAGUUCGAGUAG